AUGGCUGUGAAGAUGGUGUGUCUGAGGCAAUGUGAUGAUCAGAGGCUUGAGAGGCGAGCAUCGGGCAGCCGUGUCGAGGCCAGCUCGUCAGACCGUGUAUGGCAGCGCAACUACCAGACUUGGUCGCAAUCAGACCCGGUCGCGAGAAAAGACGAAGCGGCCCGAUCGAUAGACUUCGACUUUGGGCAGAGUGAGACAGACGGUCUGAAGCAGUCUCAACUCCGACACAUCGCCGCAAACUUCGGGGCAAGAAUUUCCCACACCAGGCCCGAUGGGCAAGCAUGCACAGCGCGUGCAUCGAUGAAUCGGAAGCCAUGCUAUCGCCCGACGUCCCAAAGUGUUGCCCGAUGGCGUACCAGGAAGGUUUCGGAUCGGAAAGGCUCGGGAUCAAGCAGUAUACCUGCAGCCACAACAGCAGCACUGGUUCUGGUAUGA